AUGGGACAUCUCAGCUCCCCACUGGCCAUAGCGCUGCUGGCAACGAGCCUGGCUCAGGGUGCCCAGGGGAGUCAGAAUCAGGCAGCCUGUGGCAAGCCGUUGGUCUCAGGGCGCAUCUUGAAUGGUCAAGAUGCCAAGGCCGGGGCCUGGCCCUGGCAGGUCAGCGUACAGAGAUACGGCUCUCACAUCUGCGGCGGUUCGCUCAUCUCCGAGAGCUGGGUGCUGUCAGCAGCUCAUUGCUUUGCUGAGUCUGCAGCCAAUUCAUCAUAUCGGGUGCAGCUGGGUGAAAACAGGAUUGUCCGUGAGACCCCAACCCAGACGUUCUCAUCGGUGAAGCGGGUCGUCCCCCAUCCCAAUUACAACAGUAGCACUUUCCUUGCCGACAUCGCCCUGGUGGAGCUGGAGAAGCCAAUUGCGUUCACGGCCUCCAUCAGCCCCGUGUGCCUGCUCGACGCCUCCGUCCGUGUGCCUGCUGGAGACGCCUGCUGGGUGACUGGCUGGGGGAACAUUCACCCCGAAGCGAGUUCUUCUCUAGCGGAGACACUGCAGGAGCUGGAGGUGCUCACCAUAGACACCACAAUCUGCAACGAUCGCUUCCGGGAAGCAUUACAAAAGCCUACGGGUGACAACCCCAUCAAAGAGGACAUGAUGUGUGCCGGGCACAUGGAAGGCUAUAAGGGGACGGCCCCGGGUGACUCUGGGGGACCCCUGGUGUGUGAGGAGGACAGGACCUGGUACCUUGCUGGGAUUGUGAGCUGGUUACUGAAAACAACAGGGAACAGUGUUGCUGCUGGUUAUCCCGGGGUCUACAACCGCCCGAAUGUCCACAACGAUUGGAUCCAAGAGAAUGUGCCUGGUGUGCGUUUCAUGGUGGUGAACUUCACUCUGCACAGUGCCAGUCCCUCUACCACCAUCACUAUGAACAGUGCCGGACCCUCUGCCAGCAUCCCCGAGGUACUUCUCCUCACUGUGCUUCUGUGGCUGACCCUGUGA